ACAAUCCGGAAGCUGCGGAUAACAGCUGUUGCUCAGUUUGCGUCGCUUCAUAACCAAACAAGUCGUCGGUGAAUGCGAGAGUUGCACAGUUGUUAUGGCUCUGAAGAGAAUACAGAAGGAGCUCAAUGACCUCCAGAGGGACCCCCCGUCUCAGUGCUCCGCUGGACCUGUGGGAGAGGACCUGUUUCACUGGCAAGCAACAAUUAUGGGACCAAGUGACAGUCCAUACCAGGGUGGUGUAUUCUUCCUCACAAUCCAUUUCCCUACAGACUAUCCCUUCAAGCCUCCAAAGGUAGGCUUCACGACCAAAAUAUACCACCCCAACAUAAACAGCAAUGGCAGCAUAUGUCUGGACAUCUUGAGAUCACAAUGGUCCCCUGCCCUCACUGUAUCCAAAGUUCUAUUGUCCAUAUGUUCCCUCUUAUGUGAUCCCAACCCAGACGACCCUUUAGUACCUGACAUUGCACAGAUUUACAAAACGGACAAAGAAAAAUACAACAGACUAGCAAGAGAAUGGACCUCGAAGUACGCCAUGUAAAAAAAAAUUGCCAUAGGUUAAGAGGAUUGCACUCAACUCAUCCAGGAUUGACCCAUUCCAAAAUCCCAAAGUACUGUACACAUUCGAAGUAAAUGCUGAAGCAAAAAGUGUUUUUUUAUAUAUAUAUAUCAAUAUAUACAUUCAUAAAUUGCAGUAUGCGUGAGCAUCUGUAUCCUUAAUUUUCUUUUUCUUUUUUUUUAACACUAACGAUCACUUUUAUUUUGAACUGCUGAUUUGAGCCAUCAGGUAGAGGAAAACGGAUACUUAUUCCUCAUAAUUUUAGGUACUUUUUAUUUGGUUUUCUUUUUUUUUGUAAAAAUGUAUAGUUUACAAAGCUAUACUGUAUCUAUUUGCAUUAAAAGCUUGAAGGUGUUGGGAAAUGGA